GCAUGACGCAGUGACCUAUUUACAUUACAUCAGACAGCAAUUGUCUGCGCUUUUCUCCAACAUUCGUCAAAACUUAUCCAGUAGUCUGAGAGAAACACUGCGGUUUCUGAUCCUUUCUUAAUCUUGGUACGAAGUCUCUGCCACAAGAUGAAAUACCUGAGCAUCUUUUUAGUCCUAACAGCCGCCGCUUUAACGACAUUCAACGGAGCUGUUGGUGCAGAAACUGACGGAAGCCAAGCUGUGGAGAGUGGGCUCAACCCCAGGCAAAAGUCAUUGCUGAGGAUGCUGUCUGAAACGAGGAAGUUACACUGGGACGCCGGAAUGGAGUACGCAAUCGCAGAGCUGAUGAAGGAUGUGGACAAAGGAGUGGACCCGGAAAGCGAAGAUGAGAAGACGAAGAUCGGUGUGGAGAGGUUCACUGACCAGGUCGAGAAGUUUGAUGAAGGCGACAAGGAAAAAGUCAUGAAGGUUUUUCGCCAGAGUGUGGGGAAAACGGAGACCAAAACCAUUUUCCAAGAUGCAAGCAAGCUUGCCAAGGAGGAGGACGAAAGCCUCAAAACACUGAAGAAGGAUGUAGGUUUCGACGCUAACGAGAGAAGGGCUUUUAAGGAGUUGGUAGCUGACGAAGUCAAAGGGAAUGAUCCAGAAAAAAAAGAAAAAGCAGCUGAGUUGUCUUUGAUGGCAAACGCAGAAGAGAAAGUGGACAAAUUGAGUCAGUUGGAUAAGCAACGACUGCGAGCCAUGAUAGCCAGCAAAUAUGGAGAAGAGCUGGCCACGAGGGUGUUUGAUGAGGCAGAAACCAUCGAAAAGGAAGAAGAGGACAAGAUGGCCGCCUCAAAGAAGGAGGAGACCGCGAAGCCAGCCCAAACCGCUGGAACGACAGAGGACAAGAAAGCAGCCGCCCCGAACCAAGCCACUCAGGAUCAAGCAAUUCCACAGCAGGCUGCUCCAAAUCAAGCCACCUAGAAUUAAGAACCCAGGCUUCUUUCAUUUAUUAUGAUGUUCAAAAAAGAAAGGUGAUAGUACAGCAGAUGGUUUUAUAAAGUAUUCACUGACAGCGAUAGCAAUUAAGCAAGGUGAUAGUGAUAGUACAAUAGAGGGUCCUGUCUCAUAUCUAAGCAUAAUUUAUAAUACAUAUGAGUUACAUUUGCACACCAUCCUUACAUGAUGAACCGUUUUUUUUCUAGUUAGAUGUACUUGUGUUGAAUUGUUUCAGACUGUAUUACUAAGUCAUCCAUGAAAUAUAUACUUGCUGUGGCCAUAUGUGAAUCUAA